AUGGCCCAAUGGAACGUGUCACAAGCUGACAAAGACCUUCUUCGAGACUUGGUUGCUGGCUCAAAAGAGAAAAUAUCUCCUGAAACCUCGAAGUCGUGCAAAGAGUUGUACAAAAAAGACGUUGUUACCUACAAAGACUUGGUGAAUAUAAAGACAAAAUUGCCUGAUGAUGUUCCAGUAUUCGUUUUCUUUGAUCGUCUGACGCUACGUCAUGAAGAUCACACAUACCGUGCUUCCGAAGAAUUUCGGAAAAGAACGGACAAAUUAAGAAUUCAACAGGAGCAAGAUUCGUACAAAAAACUCAUUCGAGAUAUAGAUCCAGCUCAAAAAUACGGGAGGACCGACCAUAUGGAGAAUUUCGGUACCGAAAUGCGUGCUGUAAAUCGUCAAAUGAUUUCUGUCAUCAACGUCAUCAUCACCGUGGUUGGAGCCUUCUUCUUCGGAUUCUCAGGAGUGACGUAUGCCUAUCCACAUAUGAAACUGGAUCUUCCCACUCGAUUCAUCAUUGGAUUAGUUCCAGCAACAAUUGUAUUCUUCUGUGAUCUCUAUUUCGUUGUCAAAGGAAUGGACAUGGAUGAACAAACGGAAAGUCAGCCACCAAAAGAAGCGACGGGUGCAACAUUCAGCUUCAAGAAUAUGGAAGCAAAGAAAAACGAUUGA